GAAAAGUCAACUUUGACAGAUCAAAAUUAAACUGUGAUCAUUAUUUUUUAUAAGUUGCAUUUCGAUACAAAAUAUUAGAUAUUUGUGAAGUGCUAUGCUAUUACGUGAAUAAGAUGAAAAUACGAGCCCACGCAUCACAAGAACGGUGGAAUGCGUUUCGCUAGCAUCGGUUGGCUAUGUCGACGAGGAGUGGGGUCGCCGCGAUACGGUCGCGUCGCGGGCACAAGGAACGAUCCAAGAACUUCACCGAGCUGGAGAAGCGAACUGUUCUGGAGCUGAUCGCCAGGCACAGAGACGUGCUGCGUCAGGGCCGCUCCAAUAACGCUACCAACAGGAGCAAACAGUUGGUGUGGUCGACGAUUUGCGAAGAGGUGAACAAGCGUUGCGGCGGCGACCGACCACGAACUCCUGCGCAGGUGAAGAUGUGGUACGAGAACUACAAGAAGAAGUGCAAGAUGCGCGCGCACGACACACAGGUUAUCAAGCAGUCCAAUGCAGAUGCACCUGGUAUCCUGGAUGGCAUGCUCUGGCAGAAUAUACACCCUCUAGAUGUCAAAGGCGAGGAGAAUGAUGCCACGACGAGCGCUGAGGGAGCUCACAGUGUGAAGGACGAUGACUGCUUGCCAGUAAACGUGAGUGUUAUGACACAAAUGUCCAAUGGCCGCCUCUCGAUAACUAACGACAGCGACGACACAAUGCCGAAUGUACUCGAGCCCCACGUCCAAAUUAUCCCCCAGUCCUCUCCUACGCCCCCCCUCAAAGCCCUUCCCAACCCCCAUAACCCCCUUAUCCCAACACAUGUACCCCUCUUAGCCAACCCCCUAGCGAUAGAACAGGCAAGAAUCCAACACAACUUCCUCCAAAAGCUUAAUGAGAUGUCAAACACACCGCUCAAUUUAAGCCAUUUGGACGAUGACAGACGUAAAAAUCAAGAUAAUAGCGAAAAGUCUGACGAACAUUUAAAGAAUGAAUGUGGCAACGCAACGGAGGAGGAAAGAUUGUAUUUUACAGCUAAACGGCAACACGCCAUAUGGGAGCACGAAGCAAAAAUGAAAAUACUAAAUAUGGAACUACGGCAGAAAGAAGAAAUAUUCUCGCUUCAAAAGCAGCUGUUUCUUAUUGAGCUAAGGUUGAAAAUGGAUUUUCUCGAAAAGGCCAGUGCCAAGUGAACAAAAGAAAAAAUCACGCUGCGCAGUUAUAAAUAUUAUACUCUAUGGCAUUGUUUGGAUGUGUCAAUGUCAAGUGUCAGAUUUCGCGCCAAAUGUGCCAUUUUAUCGUUACCGCUUAGUUUUUAUUUUACCCUCGUAGUGGUCCUCUAAGGUGCAAAGUUCGAGGUGGUUGUGUUAGGGUACAGAAAAAAUAUUUUUGUGACAUAAUUUUAUUGAUGGCAAUUUUGUUUUAGAUGGCGAAUUUUUUUGUUAAUUGUUUUAUAACAUAUACAGGUAUUUGGAUUUCGAUAUGUGAUCGUAAAGAUAUUAUUUUUGUAAUCGUAUAGCUUGAGUUUUUUUAGUUUUAUGUUUCAAUUCCGCAUUUUUGCAGGAAUAAUAUUUUUUUAGUAUUAUAAUAGCUUGCGGGCAAUUAGUUACUGUCUAUGUUUCGCGUUGUUUUUAGUACUUAGAUUUAUUUCCCUAAAGGGACUGCGGUUUUUCGUACCUUUAGCCUAGGUCAAUGCUAUUUUGACGGAAAACAUUUCGGAAAAAUAUACCUAGUCAAAGAUUUUGAGCUUUUAUCGAAAUAGUUAAAAUAUUGAACCAUUUUUAAAAGACCAAGUAUGUGUUUUUGCUUACAUUUAUGAAAAAUCUGGUUAAAAUUUUUAAAUUGUAUCUGGAUAGUACAUCUGCGUUUGAUUUAUAUAUCCAUAGAUAUAAGUUCGUAACGCAAUUUAUAGCACAUGUGUUAUUUUCAAUACUUUGACUAAUUUGUUAAAUGUUCAACAACUGACAUUGUGCCAAUCGUUAUAAUUUUGUUAAUAGUUAUUUAAAUAUUUAAUAUAUAUAUAUAUAUAUAUAUAUAUAU